GGUAAUUUUAUUCAAAAUAAACACUCAGUCAGAGUCAGACGAGCCAGACUAAACAUUGAAAUAUCGUGUUUAAAAUUUGAAUUUCUUAAGUUUAUUUAGGUAUAACGAUAACCAAUUAGUUAAACUUUACAUCGGGUCAAGGAACCGAAAUCAGUUAAAAUUUGCAGAAUGUAUUGUUGGGGCGCCAACAGCCACGGUCAGCUGGGACUUGGAUUCAGUUCGGAAUUGUGUGAAACGCCGCACGAGGUGGAAUCGCUUCCGUUCGAUCCGAGCCGCAUCGGAGGGAUAAGUGCCGGUGGUGGUCACACCUUGCUUACGCUUGACCAAACCGGUGAGGUUUAUUGCACUGGAUGGAACAACCGCGGCCAGCUGGGUCUCGGUCACCUGGAAGAUGUGUGCCAUUUCACACUGGUAGGUCGGUUUGGAUUUCGUUCGAUUGCUUGCGGAUGGGAUGUUUCCGGGGCAGUUUCCCAUGAAGGCGACCUCUUUUUGUGGGGUUCAAAUGUGUGGCACCAAGUGGCAGACCAAGGAGUGAAAUGCCUGACGGUUCCGACCAUGUUACAGUUGCCUAACGGAGCAAGGGCGCGAAAAGUUUGUUUCGGAUUGAAGCACACUUGUGUGCUAACGGACCAAGGAAAAUUAUUGGUGUUUGGGAAAGCCAAAUGGUUACAGCAAGAAGGGACAACGCAAUCGAGUGUGUUGCAUGGAGGCGUGCAGUUUUAUGAGCUGGGAUUCCCGGAACCCGUUGCGGAUGUUGCGAGUGGAGAAAACCAUCUGGUUAUUCUUUUGGGCCAGCAGCGAAUUGCUUGCGUGGGGGACAAUAAAUUUGGGCAGAGCCCUAAAGCUAUCAUGGAGUGCAAUCAAGAGCAACGACAAGACGUUGUAAAGCAAUUGGAAUCAGGAUGGUCCCACUCGGGAUAUCUAAUGAGCGACGGUCGGGUUUACCUGUGGGGUAGGAAUAACUACGGGCAGCUGGGCGUGGCGAAGACUGAUGACGAUCGGAUAGAGAAUGGGCCCGCAAAGGUGUUGGACGUCGAAAGCGAGGUGGUUAAAUUCUGCUUGGGAUCACAGCACGGGAUGGCCCUCACGAGAGAAGGCGUUUACACUUGGGGAUGGAACGAACAUGGAAACUGCGGAACGGGAGGCGUACAGAAUGUGUGGUCACCAACUAGAAUAGAGGGUAUGGUCAAUAUCAAAGACAUAGCUGCUGGUGCUGGGUUUUGUUGGGCACUAAAGAAACUGUGAUGAAGUUUAGACGCGAAUAGAAAUAAGUAUAUUGCGCUUUUGAAUGAUUAGGAACUAUCGGUAAAAGGGAAAGCCAUUUGGAAAAUAGUCAAAAAUUAAGGGAUUGAAUCAAUGAAGCCUAGUGACGCAGUAACUAAUGACAUUUACAAUAUUUUCACACUAUAAAUUUAACAUUUUUGGAUGACCCAAUCGCAAAAAAAAAUAAUACGCAGGGCUGGUAGCAACUAAGUAUAACAAUACUAGGAACUUUAGAUACCCCAUUCUUAUCAAGAGACUAAACAAGAACCAAGAAACCAAACGGAACCAGGAAAAAAGAGCUUUGAUAACAAUUUAUCAAAUAAUUCGAACCGAUAUUUCACUAAGUUUAUUCAUGUGAGCUCAUGUUUUUAAAUCUCUUGUUACAUUUUUUCAUAUUUUGUCCCAAGCAUUUCGUCAGAAAUUGUUUCAGAUGUUCAAAUGACUCAAGCUGUUCUUCGGAUAUUAUUCCAAAAUUUUUAUCAGGAAUUCAUUGAGAAAUUUAUGGGCUUCCAAAAAAUUUCCUUGCGAAUUUCGCUCAAGAUACCUUCAAAAAAUCAAACUUGAAUAGUUUUAAGGAUAACCCCAGAAAUUAAUCCUAAUAUUUUUCACAAAAGUUUCUUAAGGAAGUCCUCCAUGACUAGCAUCGAUUUCUCUAGGAUUUUCUCCAAGAUCUUUGUUUAGAACAUUUUAAGAAUUCAACCAGUAAUUUCUUCAGAGAUGUCUCCAGGGAUUUCUUAGAAUUUGCUUCAUAUUUUUUAAGUAAUAUUGUGCAGCGGGCCAUAUACUUUUAAUAAACUAGCAAUUUCAACAUUUCCCUGAAAUCGAACGAAAAUCAGUCACCGAAAAUAGGUUUCCUUUAGACAAAUUGAAAAUAAUUGCUGCUGAAAGUCCUGAACACGAUUCGAAGAAUAUCCUUUCCUUGGUUCUGUUGGAGUUGUGUUCAGGACUACAUCAGAACCAUGGCCAGGUUCUUUUAAAAAUCCUGUUUUUAACUCAAUUCUUUUCAAAUCUUGCCAAGGAUUAUUUGUGAAUCAUGUUUCGGAUUUUACGAAAAUGCUGCGCAGAUUUUUUUUAGAAUGUGAAUUGUUCCUGAAUUGUUGCUUAUAAUCAUGUUUUGAAGGACUUCAAUCCGCUGUUCACACAAUAAAAAGAAUUGAAUAUUGUGCUCAUAAUACUGUCAGAAAUUUACCAGGAAAUAUUUGAAAAUCCCAAAAUUAAUUCACUCGAUGUUAACGUAAUCUCUUCCUAGGUAUUUACCUUAUCUUAGAGAAAUGUUUUGAAUUCCUGUGUAACAUUGAGCUUCUGAUUCAGUAAAAUUAUAUUCGAUAAAUUUUGUCAUUGGCAACAACUUCAAGCUUAGAAGAUUUUUUUUUCCAAAAACAGGGUAAAAUAUAUGGGAGAGAAGUUUGUCUUGUUCUUGCCUAAUCCGAUAAAUUGAGUUUCAUUCUUUUGAAAUGAGUAAUUAAAGCAAAUUGCGAAAAAUCAAACUAAAAACUGUUUAAAAAUCAACAAAUUGAAAUAUGGACAUGGAGUUUAAUUUGAAUAUAAAAAUGUCAUUUUGAAGUGUUAUAAUUUAUAGAUGGUAGUGCAGCCAACGCGUCAGGUUUGAAAAGAGUCUUCAAACACUUCACGUACCGCACAAAAUGAAAUCGCGGGUCUGAUGUGGGCUGGGCAUGGGCAGUCAUGUUCUAAGGAUACCUUCAGAAGUUUUUCCGUAUUUUCGUUAUAAGAUUCCUUCAGGAAUUUUCCCAGAACUUCUUUACAAAACUCCUCAAGCAUGCAAAAUUUCUCCAGGAAUACUUUCAGGGAUGUCUCCACGACAUUUUCAAGAGAUUUUGUUUAAUUUUUAGAUGAAUACCACUUCUUAGGAUUUACAUAAGCAGUAUAGUCCGGAGUUUCUUCUUAUGUAAAUCCUAAGAACUGCUGCAAGAAUCUUUGAAAGAAUUCCUGGACUUUCGGGAAAGUCUUGGAGGAUUUUAUAAAUAAAUUUCCAUGAUAAUUAAUGAAAAGUAAAUAAUUAAACCUCUGGUUAAUAUCCUGCAGAUUUUUUGAAGGUUUUUCUUGAAAAAACAUCCUUGAAUGGAAAACUUGAGAAAAUUUAUGAGUGAUCUGAAGAAUAGCUGGGAUAAUCCCUGUAGUGUUUUUGAGCCAAUAAUGGAAGGAACUAUGGUUGAAUUCAUAUAGUAGAGAAGAGUUCUGAAAAUAAUCCAGUGAUAACCCCUGCAAAAAUCGUUUCCUGAAGCUUUUUCUCGAGGAGUCUGAGAAGAAAUUGCGGAAGAACCAGUGGAUUAAUCGCAUGAGAGUCUCUAAAGGUUUCUCUAGAGCCUCUGCAAUUGUGCACUACAAAGAAAAAGAAAUAAAAUGACUUAAGAGAUUAUUUUGGUUAAAAAAAAAAUUUAACCAUUUAUCGAAAAUAGAGACUUUGUAGAGAUUUGCAUUAAAACAGUUAUCAAGACUCUAAAAGAGAUCUGCUACCAUACCUGCCUACGAGCAACAUAUCUUAUACUGAGUAACUAGGGCAGCUUGAAUUCGAUCCCAGUUUUUACCCGUUAUCUAGAGAGUUAAACUAGGUAUAUUGUUUAUUGAAAAAAUGAAGGAUCAGUUACACACAAAGCAGACAAGCAGGUAGUUAGUUGUUUUAAUUAUG